AUGGUCAGAGAACGUACCUGUCCACGCUGUAAAACUACAUCUUACCGAAAUCCAUCGAUGAAGCUGAUGGUGAACAACUGUGGGCACUCGUUGUGCGAGUCUUGUGUGAACUUACAGUACGCGCGUGGACAGGCGCCGUGCUAUGAUUGUGGCGUGAAUCUGAAGAGAUCCAGCUUCAGAGUUCAGUUGUUUGACGACCCGAUGAUCGACCGUGAAGUGCACUUGCGGAAGAAAGUUCUGAAAGUGUACAAUCGCAGAGCUGAGGAGUUCAGCUCUGAGUUCGACUACAAUAACUAUCUCGAAGAGAUCGAAGAUAUAAUUAUAGGGUUAAUGGAGAACAAACCAUGCGCGCUUGAUGCCCUUGAAAAAUACAAAAGAGACAACCAAAGCGACAUCAAGCGAAACUCGGCAAAACGGCCAUGGGCUCGAAGCUUCACUCACCUGAGAUGUUUCAAAUGA